AUGGCUUUACUCUUUACAAUAGCGAUGCAGUCUGUUGGACUUUUGUUAUCCCUGCUGGGAUGGGUCUUAUCUAUUAUUACAACUUAUCUGCCACACUGGAAGAACCUCAACCUGGAGCUAAAUGAAAUGGAGAACUGGACCAUGGGACUCUGGCAAACCUGUGUCACCCAAGAGGAAUUUGCCGGAUUUUGCCUUCUGCUAGGAGGAUGUCUGCUCAGCUGUGCAGCCUGCUCUGGCCAAGCUCCUCUAGCUUCAGGCCACUAUGUGGUGGCCGAGAUGCAAAUUCAGUGUCCAUACCUGGAAAAUGGAACUGCAGAGCCUAAACUGUGA